AUGGGUUAUGCACAACUGGUUAUUGGCCCUGCUGGCAGCGGCAAGUCGACUUAUUGCUCUAAAUUGCACGAACACUGUACAACUGUUGGGAGGAAUAUUCAUAUUAUUAACUUGGAUCCUGCUGCAGAAAAUUUUGACUACCCUGUGGCCAUGGAUAUUAGGGAGCUUGUUUCCUUGGAUGAUGUUAUGGAGGAACUUGGAUUGGGUCCCAAUGGUGGACUUUUGUACUGCAUGGAACACCUUGAAGACAAUCUGGAUGAUUGGCUUACAGAGGAAUUGGACAAUUACUUGGAUGAUGACUACUUAGUUUUUGACUGCCCAGGCCAGAUAGAACUUUUUUCGCAUGUUCCUGUGCUAAAGAACUUUGUGGACCAUUUGAAGCGUAAAAAUUUCAGCGUCUGCGCCGUAUAUUUGCUUGAUUCACAGUUCAUGACGGAUGUGACAAAGUUUAUUAGUGGGUGCAUGUCAUCUCUUUCUGCAAUGGUUCAACUUGAAGUACCACAUGUCAAUAUCCUUUCCAAAAUGGACCUUGUGGCCAAAAAAAAGGAUCUUGAAGAUUUCUUGAAUCCGGAGCCUCAAGUUUUGUUAUCAGAGUUGAAUCAACGCAUGGCUCCUCAGUUUGCAAAGCUAAACAAAUCUUUGGUUGAACUGGUUGAUAAUUAUGGCAUGGUGAGUUUUGUGCCUCUAAACUUGAGAAAAGCGACAAGCAUAAGCUAUGUCCUGGCACAGAUCGAUACCUGCAUUCAGUAUGGAGAAGAUGCUGACGUGAAGAUUAAGGAUUUUGAUCCAGAAGAUGAAGAUUAA